UGUAAAAAGUGGGAAAUUUUUAACCAUUUUAACUAAUUUAGUGAAUUUCGUGAUAAAGAGCAAAUUAGCAUCAUUCGCAACUACUGCCGUCGUUCUCGGUGGAAAAGUUGGCUGGAAAAGUGUAAGAACCGUAGAGUUGAGAACCGCAGUGCCCAGAUUUUAGAUUUUUUCGCGCUAGCUUCAAAACCUCCCAUCCUGGUCCGGAGCUCCGGGCGUUCGUUCGUGCGUGCGCUUGUUUUGUUGAUCUCUUCGCCCGCUUCCAACAAACUGGGAAUCUUUCCUCGUCCGGCGGCAUGACCACCUACAGGACCGACAGUCAAGGAAAGUUCAUCCCGGCCACACAGCGCCCGGAUGGUACGUGGCGAAAGCCGCGGCGUGUGAGGGACGGUUACGUACCCCAGGAGGAAGUGCCGCUGUACGAAAGUAAAGGCAAACAGUUCGCUCAAAAACCAGCGCUCCCGCCCGGACUCUCGCUUGAGGUGGUGCAGAAAGCGAAAGAGAAGCGCGAACGAGAACGGUUACGGCAGCAGCGCGAAGAACUCCGGAAAGCGCAAAACACGCCGGCUGCCGGUGCUACCGUCGUCGAUGGUGCCGACAAACAGAAAGGUGCUACGGCUGGCAAUGGAAAGGCACGCAGCAAAAAGACUCCGGAGCUACCGGACAUUCUGCUGGAUUAUCCACAACUCUCGGCCACCAUCAAAACCGCCGCACCUUCGAAGUCAUCCAAGCAAGCGAAGCAGGCCCAGCAACAGAAACAGCCUCCUGCUGAACAGCGUUCGAACGUUGCCAAGGGAGCGGCAACACCGGCUCAGAGUGCUACUGCUGCGAUAGACGAAGAGCUAGCAGCCGCACUCGAAUCCGGUGUGCAGCUUUCCAACCAUACGCCCGCAGGGGACAACAGCGAGUCUCAGCAGCAGCAACAACAAACUGAUCUCUUGAAAAAGUUGCGCAAACUGCGAAAGAAAAUCCGCGAAAUCGAAGCUAUCGAGGAACGGUUAAGAACAAACGACGGACCACGGCCCGAUAAGGACCAGCUGGAGAAGGUGAAGCGAAAACUGGAGAUACAGCGCGAAAUCGAAGGACUCGAAGCGCAACUAACACCGGGUGCCGGUGCAGCGGACGCCAUGUGAUGUUGCUGAUAACGGACGUGAACAACAAGAGACCAAGACCCCUGGAUCAAACCAGCUACUGUAGAAACUGAAUACUGCGCGUUUGUAUGCCUCUUGCGCGUGCACCAGACGGGAGUUGCGAUAGAGUCAAUAGACAUUCGGUAAAGCACGCACUCCAUGAACGCUAAUUGUACAAAAAAACAAACCUCUGCCCCUUUCAAGGACUCGGACGGGAGUACGCAAGAGGUUAAUAGAGCAUACCUUGCCAUUCGCCAGUAGCGGACGGACCGUCCAGCACGAUUCGCCUAGGGCAUUCGGAGCAUGUAGCAGCAAUAGCUCUCGUAGUGGGCCUGUGUCUGUGACAGGAUUUACUUUAAGGCUCGGUGUACAAAGUCAUUCGCCUGCAUUUAGAAAGCCAGUAAGUUGGCAUCGACGACGGAUAGGGAAACGGCUGGCCUGCUGGCCGAAUCCCGUGAAAUCCCCUGUUUCUUUAACUGCACCGGCCCACAUGUUCCGUGUGGAACAUCCGGACACUUUCAGCAUAGCAAAGGCCUCACUAUAGUAGGGAUAAUGCUCGUGGAAAUGAGCUAGCGGUAGGAUGUUUGCGUGUGUGUUUGUGUGUGCAUACGUAGCUGGUAAGACCAAUUAAGGAGGAAACCUAAUUUUAAACUGUUUGUUACGUCAGAUUAAGAAAGGAAAUGUUUAAGUUAAAAACUAAGUCAAAUAAACGUUUUAAAAUAAGAAUAC